UUAUUUUCUUUCAUUCCUAACAUGAUUAAAAAUGCUUCUAAUUACUUGUUUGUAACAACAAAACAUCGAUUUUUCUUCAAGUUUGUAAAAAUUAUAAUUCCUAAAACAUGGAAGAAAAACACCAACUAUUCAAGAUUAAAAACAGAAUCAUAUGAUAAGGCAGAUGUCAUCAUUGCAGAGCCUUAUAUGAAACAUGCAGAUGAUCCUUAUACCUUACAGUAUGGAGGAUGUAAGGAGAAAGGACUGUACAUCCAUUUCACACCUAACUUCCUGUUAAAUGACAAUUUGAUUAAUGUUUAUGGAGAAAAAGGUCGAGUUUUUGUCCAUGAAUGGGCUCACUAUCGGUGGGGAGUGUUUGAUGAAUAUAGUAACGACAUGCCUUUUCAUGUGUCUAGAAAUUCUGAAGGAGCAAGUAUUGAAGCAACAAGCUGUCCAGCUGGUGUGGCUGGUAUACCUGUUUUCCCAGACUGCCUUAGAGACACGUGUGAGACAAGAAGCUGUAGAUACGAUGGUCAGCUAUAUGAAAAAGGAUGUAUAUUUAUUCCAGAUAUACGACAAAAUAUCUCAUGUUCUGUUAUGCAUAUGCAAUACAUGCCCUCUGUGGUUGAAUUUUGUGAUAAAGACACUCACAAUAAUGAGGCUCCAAAUAUGCAGAACAAGAUAUGCGACCACAAAAGCACAUGGGAAGUAAUUAUGGAAUCUGAUGACUUUUGCAACUCGGCUGUUAUAAAUGCUUCUGUACCUCCUGAGACUACCUUCAGGCUACUGCAGGCCCAAGACAGAGCAGUCACUUUAGUACUGGAUGUUUCUGGGAGUAUGUCACUGCACCACCGCAUCAGACAUCUCCGUAGCGCUGCAGAGCUAUUUCUGCUCCAUAUUAUUGAAAUUAGUUCCUGGGUUGGAAUUGUCGCGUUUGACUCUCAUGCAUCUGAAAAAGCUCCUUUGGAACAAAUAACCAAUGACACAGCACGCCAAAAACUUGUUCAAUGUUUGCCUACAAUUGCUAGUGGACAAACCAAUAUCUGUGCAGGAGUACGUAAAGGACUGAAGUUAAUUGCAGAUAAAAUGAAUACUACGUAUGGUUCAGAAAUUGUGUUACUGACAGAUGGAGAAGACUCACAUAUAGCAACUUGCCUUGAUAUUGUGGAACAAAGUGGGUCCAAAAUUCACACCAUUGCACUGGGGCCAUCAGCAGCCAAAGAAUUAGAAGAAUUUUCAGAACUAACGGGAGGUUUAAAGCUUUAUGCUGUAGAUGGAUUCGUCCCCAGUAAAUUAAUUGAGAUGUUCAGUGCAAUUACAUCAGGAAGUGGAGAUAUUUCUAAACAAUCUCUUCAGCUUGAAAGCAAAGAGCUAGUUGUUCAGCAUUCUGGAUGGAUGAAUACAACUGUGCCUGUUGAUAAAACUGUGGGAAAUAACACUUUCUUCAGCAUUGCAUGGAAUCUAUCUCAGCCCUUUUUUUUCCUGAGGGACCCUAAAGGAAAAGAAUAUGGAAGCUCAGACUUUACAAUUGAUGAUUCAAACCCAAACACAGCUAGUCUCAGUAUAAAUGGCACUGCAGAGGUGGGUGAUUGGCAGUUUUAUGUUCAAAAUGUUCAUACAGCGACUCAAUCUAUAUCAGUAACAGCUGCCUCUCGACCAGCAUCUUCUGAUGUUCCUCCUGUGAGCGCUGCGGUUCACAUGAACAGGGCAAAGAGAGCACUGCAUCCAGUUGCUGUUUACGCAGAAGUUAGGCAAGGGUUUUUGCCUGUUCUCGGUGCAACUGUGACCGCCACCAUAGAGAAGGAUAAUGCUCCAGCAGUAAUGCUUGAACUUCUUGAUAAUGGAGCAGGUGCUGACAUUAUGAAGAAUGAUGGAAUUUACUCAAGGUACUUUACUUCUUUACAAGGCACUGGAAGAUACAGUGUAAAAGUGAGUGCCCACGGGAGAAAUGCAACCACUGGACUUAGCCUCAAGCAAAACCGAGCCUUGUAUAUACACGGCUACAGAGAAAAUGGUAAAAUCUAUAUGAAUGCACCGAGACCUAAAUCUGACAGUAAAGAAAUCCAAGUCAAGUUGGGAAGUUUCAGCAGAAUUUCGACAAGUUCUCUUGUAGUGAAUACAGGAGAUUAUACUCCGAAUUAUCCACCCUGUAAAGUUACAGACCUUCAUGCUCGUAUAGAAAACAAAACAAUAAUCUUGUCUUGGACAGCUCCAGGAGGUGACUUGGACCAUGGAAAAGCUGAUCACUACAUAAUAAAAACCAAUGAAAAUCUUCAGGACCUAAGAAAUCACUUUCAUCGUGCUACUUCUGUGAAUUCCUCUUCUCUCAUACCCAAGGAGGCUGGUAGAGAAGAGUCAUUCACAAUUGAACCAGAACAUUUCACAAUAGAAAACAACACCAUAAUCUACUUUGCUAUAUGUGCUGUUGACGACAGCAGGUUGAUUUCCGAGGUGUCGAAUAUAGCACAAGCCAUGUGGUUCAUUCCUCCAAAAGCAUCUGUGCCUUUAGAUUAUGACGGCAUCAGUGAAGAUGCUGGCAGUACAGCAACAGUGGCAGUAGUGGCUGUGUGUGCAGCAGUUGUCUGCACUAUCGUAAGUUCAAGUCUGUGUGUUUUACAAAAACGAAAGGGAAAACUGGAUAUUGAAAUGAUGCAAAAGCAUGUGUAA